AUGAGGGUGCUAAGAUGCCAGUCAUUGCUGGUGGAUAAACAGUACCAAGCAACGCGCCCAAUAUCCAGGUUCCUUAUCGGCACAAGGAAGGAUCCCACGUUAUUGUCUAUCUCGGAGGCAGUCUCAGACCUCAAAGCACGUAAAACCACUCCUUCGGCCCUCCUGAAGAGCUGUCUUGAACGUAUCGCGGCUCGGAAUGGCCAUUUGAAUGCAUUCACACACUUGGCAUCCACGGACGAGCUAAUACGGAAGGCCCUACUCGCCGAUGCACGAUGGGCUCAAGGAACGCCGCAGGGGCCGCUGGACGGCAUUCCGAUUGCAGUUAAAGCUAAUAUAUGUACAAAGGAACACCCGACUACGUGUGCCUCAAACAUACUGAAAGACUUCACCUCGCCUAUCGAUGCCACUGCUGUAAGGCUCCUAAUGCAACACGGAGUUAUAAUUCUUGGAAAAACCAAUAUGGAUGAAUUUGGGAUGGGUUCCACCAAUAUCCACAGUGCCCAUGGUCCCGCUUAUAACCCAUUAGGACCAGUUCCUGAGGGUCAUUUGGGAGGCAGAUCUCCAGGUGGCAGCUCUGGUGGCAGUGCUUCUGCUGUUGCAGCUAAUAUGUGCUUUGCUGCCCUUGGCUCGGAUACCGGUGGAAGUGUGCGAACUCCUGCGGCGUAUACGGGCAUUGUUGGGUUCAAACCUUCAUAUGGCCGAUUCUCUCGACGUGGUCUAGUGGCCUACGCCAGCUCAUUAGACACCAUCGGCUUACUCACGAAGAAAGUGGCAGAUGCAAAGAUUUUGUAUGAUAUACUUGCUCAAUAUGACGAAAAGGAUUCAACCUGUCUUCAAAUCAAUGAGGAACCAACUGUACUUCAUGGAGACCUGAAUGGCGUGAGAGUAGGAAUACCGCAGGAGUAUUUUAUGACUGGCCUAUCGUCUGCAGUCCUACAGGCGUGGAAUGCUGCCGCUCAGCAUCUAGCAUCGCGAGGAGCAACAGUGGUACCUGUUUCGCUCCCGAACACAAAGCACGCUCUUCCUGCGUAUUAUGUAAUUGCUCCUGCAGAGGCAUCAUCCAAUUUGGCGAGAUAUGAUGGCAUACGAUAUGGUCACCAAUCAGAGCGGUGUGAUAGCACGCUGAAGCAUGAACUUUACACUGCAACACGGACAGAGGGGUUUGGAACAGAAGUGAAACGUAGAAUCAUGCUAGGAACUUUCGUAUUGCAGGCCAAUUCAUACACGAGCUACUUCCUGCAAGCCCAAAAAUUGCGCCGCCUGGUCCAAAGUGACUUUGACAACGUCUUUGCCAAACCCAACCCCUUGCGCUCAACAGAUUCCGGCUCCCACAAUUCCGCUAACGGUGUAGAUAUUCUUUUAACGCCCUCAGCAAUGGGCUCAGCUCCACUUCUUGCUGACAUUGCAAACGACACCGGCGAGACACCAGUCAACGAAUACGCAGAUGAUGCAUUGACAAUUCCUGCAUCACUAGCAGGACUGCCAGCCCUGGUGAUACCUUAUGGACAAGAUACGGAAGGCAUGCCAGUUGGUGUCCAGCUAUUGGGACAAUACGGGAACGACAGGGCGGUAUUAGAUAUUGGCAAGAUGCUGGAGGCGUGCCGAACACCGAACUAG